ACAGAUUUCCGAUGAACAAGAGAGAGAAAGAGAGAGGUUCACUUUUCUAGCAUGAGAUCCAUCAUCCAUCGUAAUUGUAGUAGCACUGGUCAGGAUGGAGGAAGGGGAGGCUUCGACCUCACUUGUGCGUCGCACAUGAGCCUUGUCGUUGAAAUUUCUUGGAAGAUGACCUUGAGAAUUCGCGCUUCUUCUACCUCCUUGUCGCUAAACCCUGCUGUUGGGAAGGAGAAAUUGCUCCGGUUCGUAUUGGGUAGAAGGCUUUUCUCAAAAAAUGCAGCUGGUGAAGCCAAUUCUUAUAUCCUUAACGAGCCAAGGUGCAAUGUUGAGCCCGAGUAUCGUGUCAACGCUUCUUCCAGAAGGAACCGACGCAAGUGCUGGCUUGGGGAAAGGUCUGGUAGUGCCCCAUCUUCCAAGGAAAAUUUUUCUUCAUUUGCAUGGCAGGAGGAUCAACGAUAUCUGAAUGUUAAGCAGUUAAAACUAGCUGGCACUCAAGAAGAUGGGUUUGCUAACCUAGAGUCUUCAGUUGAUGUGGGAGGUGAACUUUCAAAGACUGCUUCCAGACCAAGCCCCAGUCCGCCCUCAGGAAGCCUCCAUCACUUUACUGGACUAAAAUGUGCUUUGAACAGAGAAAGGCUGAUUAGUGAUACAUCUUAUGGCCAAAAAGUCCCCAAAAAUGCUAUUAUAGUUGAGAAGGUGCCACUCAGCAUUACCCUUAAGCAGUUGAAACAGGCAGUCUCAAUCUUUGGGGAGAUCCAGUCAUCAUUUGUGAGAUCUUGUGAUAAUGGGCUGUGCAGCUGCCACAUUGAAUUUAAGAGCUUCGAAUCGAAGGUGAGCGCUAUUACUGCAGGGUGUGUCUCUGUUGAAAGUCGGUUAUUACCUAUUUAUGAUCUGCCUGUUUCCCUUUACGCUGCUGUUAGAAUCCACAAUAUUAAUCUUGGGACUGCUGAACCUAUGGUCCACUCAGUGUGCAUGUCAUGUGCGCCUGUAAGGAGCCUUAUCCGGAGCAGUGAUUGCACAGUUGAUGUUCAUUUUAGCCUCAAAGAUGAUGCAGACAUACCAGGCAUAUUGAUCAAGCUAAAUAAUGUAGAAAUGGAUGGUUGCCGUUGGUUGGCUCGGUUGGUAGAUAAUGAUGCACUUCCCCCAGUAACACUAGAGGAUUCAUCCUGGAGGAUUGAGUCUCAGAUUGGCAGCCUCAUCUUGGACAUUAGAAAGCAAAUGCAGCUUAAGUGUGUCUAUUUGGAAGACCUGGAGGAAUUGCAUGAUGCUAUAGUUCAUCUUACUGAUUGUCCUCAAAUAACUAAUUGAUAUUUGUGGCUUCUUAGCUGACUCACUGGCAAGGCCCAUCAAUGCACCCGCAGCAGGCACUAGGAUUAUGAGGGAGCUGAACACCAGUAACCAACUCAGAAUGAAUAUUAGCCCGUGUGGAGGCCAGAACCAGCUCGACAUUGAUUGUCGACUAUCUGAGUUGUGGCCCCCAGCUCUAUGAAGCACAUUUCUAUUGAUUGCCACUUUCCUGGGAAGAAGUUUCAGCGAGGGAUCGACUGCAGCAAAUUUCUUAUUGGGUAACUUGUAGCUGUAACCCUUGACUGACUUCACAGCAUUGCUCCGUACCAACCUGCUAGGUUUGAUCUUAGAAAGAACUUACGGGCAUUAAAGAGCUUCUGGGUGUAAUGAGUUGGAGAACCAUGGACAGAAUUCCUGAGAACUACUAAAGAAUCAUCUUGUAAUGGCUA